UUCAGGUUACAAGUGAUGGAAAACCUAAACUGAUAGGCAGAUAUGACUGUAGUGGAGCCGGUGAUGUUGACACCUCUACAGUUCAGCAGAGUGUUGAUGGGGAACUCCAGGGUAUCACAGGGCGUAAACUGAAGGUACCUCCGGCAUGGAAAAAUCCUACUGGUAAUUACUAUCUUGGAAUAAAAAAACGCGUUUGAUAUCUACCCAAAAAAGGCUCAAGAACGACUUAUCAAGGAAAGAAAAGAGAAACUAUGGGAUCCUGAACACAAAACUGCAUUGGCUGAUGCAACUCGGAAUCUCAAUGCAAUCAAUAAGGAACAAGAGGCAAACAAAUCGUCUACUAUACCAAGAGAAGAGAAGUUAAAAAAGGAUGAAGCUGAAGCACGUAUUGAGAUUCUGAACAAUUUUGAGAAGAAAUACAACGAUGUGGGAGCUGUAUAUGAUUGCAUAGUUUUUCAUGAUGGAGAAAUGUGGCGUGCUUGUUUGGACACGUCUGAGAAAGGUGACCUGGCAUCUUGCCAUGUACUCGGAGAGUAUUCUAAGACGAGAGAUUUUGUAUCACUAUCAGCAUCUGACCAAGUGAACUACUCAAUUAACGUUCACGAUGAAGGAAAAUUACUAGAAAUUGUUAGUGUUUGCUCAACUCAUGGUACACAUGUAGCCAGUAUAGCCGCUGCAAAUUUCCCAGAUGCUCCAGAGAAGAACGGAGUGGCACCAGGAGCUCAGCUAGUUUCUUUAUGCAUAGGAGAUAUCCGUCUUGAAUCAAUGGAGACUGGAACUGCUUUGGUCAGAUCAAUGAUUCAUGUAAUGAACAGUGCAAUCGAAAAUGGGUACAAAAUUGAUAUUAUAAACAUGAGCUAUGGGGAGCGCACACAUUUUAGUGGUUCAGGGCGGUGUGGUGAGUUGAUGUCUGAGGUGAUAGACAAGUAUGGAGUGGUGUGGAUAACAGCUGCAGGUAACCAUGGACCGGCUCUGUGCACCAUUAACACACCUCCAGACAUUUCCGUCUCCAGUAUCAUCGGUGUGGGUGCCUACGUGUCCCCGGACAUGAUGGAAGCUGAGUACUCAUUGCGUCAGAAACAGCCGGGGAUGCCAUUCACCUGGUCCUCACGGGGACCGACCAUUGAUGGAGAAAAGGGAGUGACUGUAUGUGCUCCGGGAGCUGCUAUCACAUCUGUCUCCUGCUUCACACUGAGAGGUUCCCAGCUGUUGAAUGGGACUAGCAUGUCUUCCCCUCAUGCCGCUGGAUGUGUAGCACUUUUACUGUCUGGUAUGAAGGCUAGAGGGCUUCCUUAUUCUCCAUUCUCAGUAAAGAGGGCCCUUGAAAAUACUGCACUCUUUGUAGAAUCCAUGGACGUGUUUGCUCAAGGCUAUGGUCUUCUUCAGGUAGAGAAAGCAUUUGAAAAUCUAGUGAACUAUCACGACUCUCCUGACAGAGACGUGAGAUUUCACAUCUCCUGUGGUCCUGGCCACAACAAAGGCAUCCACAUCAGAAACGGUGUUCAGGAUGUGCCCAAAGAAUACACAGUUUCUGUGGAGCCAUUCUUCGCUGAUGCUGACAAUGUAGAACCAGAAAGGAAAAUUGACUUCCAGAUGUCUCUAGUGCUAGCUUGUAGUGCAUCUUGGGUACAACAUCCAUCCCACUUCGAAAUGAUGAACAUAUCCAGAGCAAUAUCCAUCAGAGUGGAUCCUAGAGGAUUAGCUCCAGGAGUUCACAACAUAUGUGUAAGAGCAUACGAUGUGAACAAACCAGAAAAAGGCCCAGUGUUCAAAGUGGAGGUGACAGUGGUCCAGCCGCACGUGUUAGAUAAUCUGAAGCCAGAGCUGGUGUGCAACGCAGUGUACUUUGAUCCGAACACCAUCCGGAGACACUUUAUCCUGGUGCCUGACCCCGUCUCAUGGGCUGUCAUCAAACUGCGGGGCCUGGAGCGGGAGAACUUUGGCCGCUUCGUCGUUCACUGCAUCCAGCUGAGACCCAAACACUCGUGCAAGGCAAUAGAGUUCCACAAGAUGGUCAAUGUCUCAGCCCAGUCCGAGACAGUUGUCUGUUUCCAAGUCAAGGGAGGAGUGGUGCUGGAGGUGGUGGUAGCCAAGUACUGGGCUAACCUAGGCCACAUGAACCUCAACUACUCGGUGGAGUUACACGGUUGCCGACCUGACACUCCCGCAGUGACCAUGCUGCACGCCGACGGCAUCCAUGAGAUCGAGCUGUACAGUGGCCUGCAGAGUGAGGAGGUUUCUCCUUUCAUACAGAUCAAGAGCAGUGUCUCCGUCCUAAGGCCAACAGAGGCCAAAGUCCUGGCUCUGGACAAACGCGAUGUCAUCCCUCCGAGCAGACAGAUCUACCAGCUGUUGUUGACGUACACGUUUCAUCUUAGCAAAAGUUUCGAUGUGACACCAAACAGCUCUUUACUGAGUCACCUGCUCUACGAGUCUGAGUUUGAGUCCCAGCUCUGGAUGUUGUUUGACUGCAACAAGCAGUUGUUGGCCUCUGGUGACGCCUAUCCUAACAAGUAUAAUGUGAAGUUGGAGAAAGGAGACUACACUAUACGACACCAAAUCAGACACGAGAAGAAAGAUCUGCUGGAGAAACUGACUGACUUGCCCAUUCUCCUGUCACACAAACUCGCCACUCCGAUCACUGUAGAUGCAUAUGGGAGCCAGUCUCAGGCCCUGAUUGGUGGCAAGAAGCUAACCUCCGCCAUUUUGCCAACCGGAAAGUACACUCUACCGAUCUACAUUGCUCCUCUCCCUUCUGACAAAUUACAAAAGAUUGGGACAACAGGACACUAUUUACAAGGAACUAUAGUUUAUUCCAAAGACGAUGUUGGGAAAAAAGUGGAUUCUUACCCCUUCAAGUAUAUUCUUGCUGAACCGGGAAAGAAAAGCUCCUCAAAAAACACCAAUGAGAAAACCAAACAAGAAGAAUAUGAGGAGGCCCUGAGGGAUCUUCAAGUUUCUUGGCUUUCUAAAUUAGACAACAGUGAAGCAGCAGAGCAGCUGUACAAGGAGCUAUGUACCCGGUAUCCUGACCACCUGGCCGUGCACACAGCAAUGUUGGCACACCUGGAGCCGGACACAGGGCGGGAGUGGCCCGGUUCUGCCAAGCCACUGAAUCCCACCCAGUUGGCUCGUCUGCAGACCGUGGCUCAGACUGUCAUCUCCGGUGUGGACGCCACAGAGUUGCUGGUACACCUCGGUACUAAGUCUGAUCAGCGGCCGGAUGCACCUAAGAUCAAAACAUGGUAUUGUUACAGAACAAUGGAUCGCCAGAAGACUGCACUGAUAGAUGCGCUUUCACGCUACGGAAGUGUUCAGUGUCGUUUGUUCAAGGCUACUUUAGAAGCAGAUGUGCCUAAACCAACCCUUGAAGACAUAGACAAAACUUAUCUCGAGCUCAUGCGCUUUUCAGACAAUAACGACAAGGUGACAGGACAGUUUGUGGUGUGGCACGCUUGUGUUCACCAGCACUACGGACGCAUGCUGAAGGUGUUGGCCAAGCUGGCGGAGGACAAGCCCAGCAAGGAUCUGGAGGAGGCCACAGUGUGGGCGAUGAAGCAGCUGGGAUGGCAGCACGCGGCCGACUUGCUCUCGUCCACCACUCCAGCACGUUACCCACCUGCCUAUCGGCCGUUCUAGCCCUAGUUCACGUGUACAAACUACAUAUACAUAGUCAAAUAAAACGUUUUAUAAA